AGGAUUCAGUUGUAGAAAUGGAGAAGAGGAGAGUGUUGUUUGUACUAUGGGUAGCGGGGAUGAUGAUUAUGUGUUCGUGUUGGAUGGAGGAGGAAGCGGAGAAUGCAAAGCGGAGAACGAAUUUGGCUACCGGAGAGGUGAAAAUUGAAGACGAAAAGGCUAUGCAUAGUGCUAAAGAGAAAGCAAAUUCUUUGGGUGAUUGGGCCUCUGCCAAAUUCUCCCAGUAUCAACAAGAUGCGAAAGAAGCAGCAUCAGAUGCUAAGGACACUAAAAGUUCUACCGCAUACGGAACCGAAAGAGAGGCGGCUCAGAAGGUUAGUGGAAUGGUAAACAUGGCAUCUGACGCGAAGAAUGUUGCUUGCGAGAAGGCAAAUCAAGCAAUGGAUGCAGCAGCUGAAAUGGUUCAUCGUGCCACAGAGAGAGGGAAACAUAGUGCAUUCAAUGUAUAUGACUUUGCAUCGGAGAAAGCAAGUGAUAUCGAUAAUAAAGCGAAAGAGAGAGUUCAUUAUACUUAUGACUCUGCCUCUGAUGAGGCAGGCCGUGCAAUGAACACGGCCUCUGACAUGGCAGCCAAUGCCAAAGAAGGAGCCAAACAUAAAGCUUCCGAGGCCUAUGAUUUCGCUGCUAAGAAAGUGGAUGAUGGAAUCAACACAGCUUCCCAAGUGGGCAGGGAAGUGAAGGAUAAAGCUAGCCAUGCCUAUGGUUUUGCAGCAGGUCAAGCCAUGGACAAGGUUUCAGACAUGGUAGGUGAGGCCAAGGAUCGCGCCAAAGACGCUUAUAGAUACACAUCUGAUAAGACGAAUCAAGCAAAAGACAUGGCUUCUAGUAGUGCAGCUAAUGCAAAAGACACAGUGGAAGAUAAAGCAUCCGAGGCCAAGGAUAGCGCCAACGAUGCUUACAGCUACAUAUCCGAUAAGUUGAAUCAGGCCAAAGACAUGGCAUCUAGUAGUGCUGUUAAUGCAAAAGACACGGUGGAAGGUAAAGUGUCGGAUGCAUACAACCAAACCAUAACAAUGACUACUGAUAGAAGUACUAUUGAUGCAAAAGACUCGACUAGGGAUGCGUUGGUCGAAGGGAAAGAUAAAGUUGAUGAUAAUUAUGAAGAUGCAAAAUCGAAGGCUUAUGAAACAUAUAAAUCUGCAAAGGAUACUAUGAAUGAGCAAGCCAAGGAAAAGUAUGAAGAUGCCAAAGAGAAGGCCUCAGAUGCUGCUGGCAACCUUGGCCAAAAGAUGAGAACUGCGAGUACAGAACUAUGAGGAAUCAGUAGUCACCUUUUACCUCUUCUGUUUUUUUUUUUCUGUA